AUGGUCAGCUCCUGUUGUGGCUCUGUCUGCUCUGAGGAGGGCUGUGGCCAAGGCUGCUGCCAGCCCAGCUGCUGCCAGACUACCUGCUGUAGGACCACCUGCUGCAGGCCCAGCUGCUGUGUGUCCAGCUGCUGCAGGCCCCAGUGCUGCCAAUCUGUGUGCUGCCAGCCCACCUGUUGCCGCCCCAGCUGCUGCCGUCCCAGCUGCUGUGUGUCCAGCUGCUGCAGACCUAGCUGCUGCCAGUCUGUGUGCUGCCAGCCCACCUGCUGCCGCCCCACCUGCUGUCGGCCCAGCUGCUGUGUGUCCAGCUGCUGCAGACCUAGCUGCUGCCAGCCCACCUGCUGCCGCCCCAGCUGCUGCAUCUCCAGCUGCUGUCAACCCUCCUGUGGUGGAUCCAGCUGCUGUGGCUCUAGCUGCUGCCGCCCCUGCUGCCGCCCCUGCUGCUGUCUGAGACCAGUCUGUGGUCAGGUCGGCUGCCAAACCACUUGCUACCGCCCUACCUGUGUCAUCUCCACCUGCCCCCGCCCCAUGUGCUGUGCCACGCCCUGCUGCUGA